CCACCACCGUCACAGCACGCGCUACACUUGCAUACAGACACUCCAUCGCAGCAGACGCGACGACAGAUCGUCUACCCCAGAGACUGGUCUACAGACUGGGUGACCAAGUCCCGUGAAGAUGGCCGAGAGUACAGUCUUGCACCAGUCCAAAUGUCAGUUGGUGUUCCUGGGCAAGACGGGGUUAAAGGUCUCCAACCUGUGUCUGGGAACGUUGACCUUUGGCCAAUCACGUACGGCUGACUUUCUCAAAGACAACCUGCAGGACGAGGCGGCCUAUCAGCUGAUGGAGCGAUUUGCACAAUGGGGAGGUAACUUCCUGGACACGGCAGACUUUUACGGUCCCAGCACCUCCGAGAUCAUCGUGGGCAACUGGCUCCAACGACAGGAUAGGGAGAGGUUCGUGGUGGCCACCAAGGUGGGCAUGCCCACAGACCCUGCCAACCCUCACAAGGUGGGCCUCAGCCGCCGACACAUCACACAGGCCGUGCAAGACAGUCUGGGCCGUCUACAGACAAACUUCAUCGACCUCUACCAGACUCACCUGUGGGACAUCGCCGUGCCCCUGGAGGAGACGUUACGGACCCUGAACGACCUGGUGAGGUGUGGCAAGGUGCGCUACCUGGGGGCCAGCAACCUGUCGGGGUGGCAGAUGGAGAGGUACCUGAGGGUGCAAGAGAAGCUGGGACUGGAACCUGUUGUCUCUCUUCAGCAAUACUACAGCCUACAUCAACGGUUCUCAGAGCUGGAGGCCUUCCAGGUGUGCAAGGGAAGCGGUGUAGGGGUGUUGCCAUGGAGCCCACUCAGCUUCGGACUGCUGUCUGGCAAGUUUACCCGCUACACCCUACCCGACACUGGCCGCAUGGCUACAAUGACGUCAGCCUUCCCUCGAGUGUGGGCAGACGAUCAGCUGUGGAACAUUCUGGACGUCACCAAACGCAUCGCUGAGAGCAAAGGUAAGAGCCAGGCCCAGGUGGCGCUCCGCUGGCUGCUGCAGAAGGACUUCGUGGCUUCCGUCAUCAUCGGCGUGCGCACCCUACAGCAGCUGGACGACAACAUGGGCGCCGCCAACGGCUGGACACUGACACCGGAAGAGAUGGCGGAGCUGGACAAGGUGUCGCAGCCAGAGAAGCCCUACCCCUACAGAAGUAGAGGCUUCGACUUGGAGAACCGCAUCAACCCCUUCAACCCUCCAACCUCGGUGUGAUGACCUCGACACUCAUGAAGUCAAACGAAUAGUUUGUCAACAAAACUCUGCUACAUCUCUUUCUGGGAAAUUAGUGUAGUUUGUCCAAGUUUUUUUGUUUUGUUUUUUGUUUUUUGUUGUUGCGUACGUUCAAUUAAAGAAUAUCUUUCUGUGAAAUAAAUCACUUUGUACCUUA